UUUCAUUUUGUCCUGAUGGCUCGAAGUCUCUUUUUGCCUUUGAGAGGACUUUCCUGCUUAAUUUUCUUUCUGAAUAUUCCUAACUCAUCAUUUCAAGUCACAGAUGUGAAUGAAUGCCUGGAUACCCAGGCCUGCCCUUCGAAAGCCACCUGCACUGACACUGUGGAAAGCUACUUCUGCACCUGUAAAUCUGGAUAUGAAUCAAGCAACGGGAAGAUACGUUUUAAUGGUCCCAGAGUGACGUGCGAAGAUAAGAAUGAAUGCCUGAACCCCGCACUGUGUUCACCGACAGCCAGGUGUAAGAACACCCGGGGAAGCUACUUAUGUGUCUGCGAUCCUGGGUUUGAGACGGCUGAUGGGAGAACUGAAUUUACUGGCUCCGGGGGAACUUGCAUAAGAAUCAACCCUAGGUCCUCGGUCCCAACCCAAGUUACAUUUACGGAAGCCUAUAGACAACAGAAUACCACCAAGGACCCAAAUGACAAGAGGAUGAGCUCUGUUACCAUGGUGACAGAAGGAGUACCAGAAGAUGACAAUGUCACACUUGUGUUACAGGAAAUAGCCGAUUCUUUUGGCAACUUCAGCAACAUCACCAGCAAGCCAUCUCAGGAACACAAGGAAGAAACUGCCCGUUUUGCGACACAGUAUCUUCACACGGUGCAGUCGGCAGCCUAUGAAGCUGCCCUCAAUCGGCCCACAGAAGGAACGCUGAGGAGAGAGUCACAAUUUAUGGUUAUUGAAGCGCUGACCAUCAAGAAUGGCUGCAAAACAGAAAAUGAGAUAGUUAAAUUACAGAUUGAAAAGGAGACAAUGGACAUCGACUGCACUGUUGUCACUGGAGGAGGAACUGGAGGUGCUGUGGUCUUUAUCUCUUACAAGUCUUUUGGGUCCAUCUUAGAUGGCUCCUUUGUGUCUAAGGAAAACCUAACUCUCGAUGAAAAGCUGGACCACUUUCAACUGAAUUCCAAGGUGAUAAGUGGUACCACAGGAUGCAAGAAGAAUUGUUCCCUGGCCAAGCCCGUGAACUUCACGUUUCACCACAUACAGAUGAUAGGGGAAAACGAAAAGUCUCUUUGCGUCUUCUGGGAUGAGCCGGUCUGGUCUAAUGAAGGGUGCCAUGUGAUCUUUUACAACGGAACUCAAACUGUGUGCAGUUGCAGCCAUCUGUCCACCUUUGCCAUCCUCAUGGCCUCGGUCGAGCUGAAGGAGGACCCCGUGCUGACCAUGAUCACCCACGUGGGGCUGAGCCUGUCCCUGCUCUGCCUCCUCCUGGCAGCCCUCACCUUCCUCCUGUGCCGACCCAUCCAGAACACGAGCACCUCCCUCCACCUGCAGCUCUCCAUCUGCCUCUUCCUGGCCCACCUCCUCUUCCUCACAGGCAUCACACGGACAGAGCCCGAGGUGCUGUGCAAGGUCAUCGCAGGUGUCCUGCAUUACCUCUACCUGGCCGCCUUCACCUGGAUGUUCCUGGAAGGGCUGCACCUCUUCCUCACUGUCAGGAACCUCAAGGUGGCCAACUACACCAGCGCAGGCAGAUUCAAGAAGAGGUUCAUGUACCCUGUAGGCUACGGGGUCCCGGCGGUGAUUGUGGCUGUGUCAGCCGCGAUCAACCCCCAAGGAUACGGCACCGCUAAGCAUUGCUGGCUCAACAUAGAGAAAGGAUUUAUCUUGAGUUUCUUAGGACCCAUAUCAGCAGUCAUCUUGAUAAACUUAAUCUUUUACUCGAUAACCCUGUGGAUUUUGAGAGACCGACUUUCUUCCCUCAAUAAAGAUGUGUCCAAGAUCCAAAACACAAGGAUGCUGACGUUUAAAGCCAUCGCUCAGCUCUUCCUCUUGGGCUGUUCCUGGUGCCUUGGCUUCUUUCUCGCUGAGCUGAUAAAGGAACCCGUCAGAUCCAUCAUCGCCUAUGCUUUCACCAUCACCAAUGUCCUGCAGGGAGUCUACAUCUUCCUGGUCCACUGCCUCCUCAAUCAGCAGGUGAGAGAUGAAUACGUAAAGUGGGUUAGGAGGAUGAAUAAAAAGACAGAGUCUGACAGCUACAUCCUUUCCAGCUCUACCAGCCAAACCCACAUGGUCACAAAUCCUGGUGUAAUACACGUCUUGGAGCAGCAGCCAUUCAUCUUGGGGGCUCAUCUGGGAUCUUCAAGACAAGCUGUCAAGGCACCAAGAAUUGACUCACGGGUACACCACGCUGGAGUUAAAAAGUGGCAUACUGACCCCUCAGACUAAAUGAUGUCAUUUUUAUGUCUUUCUUCUCUAUGAUUUCACUUUUCCCUUCUCAGAUGGGCCCAAUAAUCUCUGUGGCUCUGCAUCUGCUGACUCCAAAAAUCCUGACUCCGCUGUUUGACUCUCAAGACAGUGCCUUCCUGUCCUGGGCUCAUUUCUAAGCCACAUUCCACAAUAGGUCUAAUUGCUGGGUUUGCAGAGUGCUCCCCUCCUCAUCGGUGGAAGGCUUCCCAUGGUGGGCAUCUCCACAUCAGGGAAAGGACUUUCUCCAAGUCUGCAACUCCCUUCGACAACAACAAUCAUAUGUGAUGCUUCUUCUUAAUCUGAUGACAUCUAACAAUCCUAAAAUGGACUAGUGUAACAUUUUGUGCCUUAACUAUGGACAUAAGGUGACUUCUAACUUUGCUGAUUGUUCUGUUUUUGCUGUUUGUUCCAUGCAUCUGUAACUGUGUAGUUGAAUUUGUUUCUAGCUGUAUGAAGGCUUUUAAGUUACAAACAGUUGGCCAAACUCCUGUGAGCGCCACAGCUUCCUCCAACUACUACCUGGGGCCUCUGGAUCAGAGACCCUCAAUAUGAGGAUGAGGAGAAUAUGUUGCCUCAUGAAUUUAGGGACAACACCCCUUAUCAGUGGAAGCAGUUAUAGGAUGAGAACUCCACCCCAUUCCCUAGGCGACAUACUUCUCCUAAAAGAAAAGGGGGAAAUGAGAGGGUAACAGACAGGAGGCCAGAGGUCCCCAGGCAGCAGGAGAAAAUAAAGUGCAAGUGACAGAUGGUUUUUUUCCCCCCCUUUCUGUUGACAAAACCAGUUCUGCCUAAAACUAACCAUUUUUUUCUUUUCUCAAACCUUGGGCUGAUAAUGGCUCACAAACCAGUGUUCAUACCAAUUGUUUUAUGGCUGGGGUAUGACACCUCAUGUCAUUCUAUCUCAAAAAUGCAUAUUGUGAGACAGGGGGCUGGUGAAACUCCCUCAGCCUUGAGGAGUCUCAUUUAUCUGAUUAACAGUUCACCAGCAGACAUAAAACACCUUGCUAAAAACUAG